UCAUUCACCAUCCAAAAUUCUCUCAAUUCUCUGAUCUCUCCUUUUCUCAUCCAUCACAAAAACUCAAAACAAACAGACAAAAAAAACAUUUGUUUCUCAAAUUUGUUCUUUUUUCCCUCCAUCAAUGAUGACAAGCUCAGACCUGCAUUUGCAGGUUCCAUUUCCAUGCAGUAAACAAUAACACCAAAACCAUAUCUAUAGAACAAAAGUUUCUUUUUUAAUUCAUCACGGCAUAUUUCUGUUUUGCUCUGUUCUGCUUGCAGGUCCUUCUUGUUUAAAAGGCAUUUCAUUCGUUAUUAAUAAUGAAUGAUUCAAAUUCUAUAUUGUGAUAAAAGAAGUGCUCGUGCUCAUACAAAAUGGACUCUAUAUCACAAAAUCCAUCAAAAAAGGGAGUCAGGGGAGGUGGCUCUAUAGGUGAUGGAUCUCAAAGUGGAAGUAGUCGAGCGGUGAAAUUUGCGAGACGGACGUCAAGUGGACGGUAUGUGAACCUGUCAAGGGAAGAUUUAGACAUGUCGGGAGAGAUAUCUGGUGAUUAUACAAACUAUACGGUUCAUAUACCUUCUACACCUGAUAAUCAGCCAAUGGACGCUUCAUCGGUUGCUGGCAAGGCUGAAGAGCAGUAUGUUUCGAAUUCUUUGUUUACCGGUGGAUUCAACAAUGUGACACGCGCUCAUCUAAUGGACAAGGUGAUCGAUUCAGAAGUAAAACAUCCUCAAAUGGCAGGAGCCAAGGGAUCAGCAUGCAUGAUGCCUGCUUGCGACGGCAAGGUCAUGAAAGACGAAAGGGGAGCUGAUGUCAUGCCUUGUGAAUGCAGGUUCAAGAUCUGUAGAGAUUGCUUCAUGGAUGCACAAAAAGCUAAAGGUUUAUGCCCAGGUUGCAAGGAGUCAUACAAAAGAGAAGACUACAUGGACGGCAGUACCAAACAGAGCGGUGGUCUUAACAAUGUGAAUUCGAAGAUGGAUAGAAGGAUGUCACUGAUGCACCCAGACAAGUCUAUGUCAAGGGGUAGCAAAGGAGGUGAAUUUGAUCAGAACCCCUGGUUGUCAGAAACCAAAGGGAGUUACAACUAUGACAGGGCAUUCUCAUCCAAAGACUACGAUGACGAUGAGGAUUUGGAUGGCCACAGAGAAGAGCACGAACUACUGGAUAGACCAUGGAGACCUCUUAGUCAUGUAAUUCCUGUACCACCUGCCAUCAUAAUCCCUUACAGGAUACUAAUUGCGGUUCGGCUAGUGGUUCUAUGUUUCUUCUUGACAUGGCGUGUUCAGCAUCCAAACGAGGAUGCAUUGUGGCUUUGGUUAAUGUCGAUUGUGUGUGAGAUAUGGUUUGCAUUUUCAUGGAUCCUAGACCAAAUCCCAAAGAUACACCCUGUCAACCAUGCCACUGAUCUUGCUGCCUUAAGGGAGAAAUUUGACAUGCCAUCACCUAUGAACCCAACUGGAAGAUCUGACCUGCCUGGUGUUGAUGUCUUUGUCUCCACUGCAGAUCCAGAAAAGGAACCACCUCUUACCACCGCCAAUACUAUCCUAUCAAUCUUGGCUGCUGAUUAUCCCGUAGAAAAGCUUGCUUGCUACAUAUCUGACGAUGGUGGCGCACUCUUGACGUUCGAGGCCAUGGCAGAAGCAUGUAGCUUCGCCAAUCUAUGGGUUCCCUUCUGCAAGAAACAUGAUAUAGAACCAAGGAACCCAGAUAGCUAUUUCAGUUUGAAGGGUGACCCUACGAAGAACAAAAGCAGGUCUGAUUUCGUCAAGGACAGGAGAAAGAUAAAGAGAGAAUAUGACGAGUUUAAGGUGAGAAUAAAUGGGCUGCCAGAUUCAAUAAGAAGGAGGUCUGACGCGUUUAAUGCGAGAGAGGAAAUGAAAAUGCUGAAACACAUUAGGGAGACAGGGGGUGACCCUUUGGAGCCACUAAAGGUUCUCAAAGCCACAUGGAUGGCUGAUGGUACUCACUGGCCUGGAACUUGGGCUGUUUCUUCUAGGGACCAUAGUAAAGGUGACCAUGCCGGGAUUCUUCAGGUGAUGCUUAAGCCGCCUAGUAGUGACCCACUUAUGGGAUCUUCAGAUGAUGAAGACCAGACGAUUGAUUUCUCUGAAGUUGAUAUACGCCUUCCAAUGUUUGUGUACAUGUCGCGUGAGAAACGACCUGGUUAUGACCAUAACAAGAAAGCAGGUGCUAUGAAUGCUUUGGUGAGGUCCUCAGCUGUCCUAUCAAACGGCCCAUUUAUGCUCAAUCUUGAUUGUGAUCACUACAUCUACAACUGCAAAGCCAUACGUGAAGGUAUGUGUUUUAUGAUGGACAAAGGAGGUGAAAAUAUCUGUUACAUUCAGUUCCCUCAGAGGUUCGAGGGAAUUGAUCCAUCUGACCGCUAUGCCAACCACAACACUGUUUUCUUUGAUGGAAACAUGCGUGCACUUGAUGGUUUACAGGGGCCAGUGUAUGUGGGAACUGGGACAAUGUUUAGGCGUUUCGCAUUGUAUGGGUUUGAUCCCCCACAGGUAGAAAAGAUUAGGCAAACAGUUCCCGACUCCGAGACUCAUGCACUCAAACCAAAUGAUUUUGAUGCCAUUCUUAGUGCUAACCUACUACCUAAACGAUUCGGAAAUUCUGCCAUGGUCUGUGAAUCUAUAGUCAUAGCUGAGUUUCAAGGUCGGCCCCUCGCUGAUCAUCAAGACGUCCAGUAUGGCCGCCCUCCUGGCAUCCUUAGGGCACCUCGUGAACCCCUGGAUGCUACUACUGUUGCUGAAGCAGUAUCUGUCAUCUCCUGUUGGUACGAGGACAAGACUGAGUGGGGUGGUCGAGUAGGUUGGAUCUACGGGUCUGUUACCGAGGAUGUGGUGACAGGCUAUCGCAUGCACAAUAGAGGAUGGCGCUCAAUCUAUUGCAUUACCAAAAGAGAUGCAUUCCGUGGUUCUGCCCCCAUCAACCUCACUGACCGUCUGCAUCAGGUCCUUCGGUGGGCGACUGGGUCAGUGGAGAUCUUCUUCUCUCGCAACAAUGCCAUGCUAGGUAGCAGCCGUCUCAUGCUACUCCAGCGUCUCGCCUACAUGAACGUCGGAAUCUACCCAUUCACUUCUAUCUUCCUCAUCGUAUACUGCUUUCUGCCUGCGCUUUCUCUCUUCUCCGGACAAUUCAUAGUUGCAAACUUAAAUGUAACUUUCCUGGUUUACUUGCUCACCAUAACCAUCUGUCUCAUCUCUCUGGCUCUCCUAGAGGUGAAAUGGUCUGGGGUUGCCUUAGAGGAUUGGUGGAGGAAUGAACAGUUCUGGCUCAUCUCCGGAACCAGCGCUCACUUGGCUGCUGUGGUACAAGGCCUACUGAAGGUCAUUGCUGGGAUUGAAAUAUCUUUCACUUUGACGUCUAAAUCAGCUGGAGAUGAUGUUGAUGACAUCUAUGCUGAUCUAUACCUAGUGAAGUGGACGUCACUGAUGAUACCGCCGAUUGUGAUAGCAAUGAUGAACAUAACUGGGAUUGUGGUUGCAUUUUGUAGGACCAUCUAUAGCCCAACCCCUUCAUGGAGUAAGUUUGUGGGUGGAGGUUUCUUUAGCUUCUGGGUGCUGGCUCAUCAGUAUCCUUUUGCUAAGGGUUUGAUGGGUAGGAGGAGGAAGACGCCAACCAUUGUAUUUGUGUGGUCGGGUCUGAUUGCUAUCACGUUAUCUUUGUUAUGGAUCGCCAUUGAUCCACCAAAGGCAAGCAAAGCACAAAUUGUAGCAGGUGGUUUUCAGUUUCCAUGAGAGUACUGUUGUGGAAAAACAUCACGACUGAUAUAUGUCUGAAAGCUGGGAUCAUAGAAAGAUGGAUGGAUAGAUGGUGGAGAACCUUUUGAAAGGGAUCGAGGACUGAUGUUUUGGGUGCAAGAAAUGAAUUCUCAUCAGAGGGAAUUGCAUCUCCAGUUGCAUAGAAGAAUUAAAACAUUGCUGAGAGAUGCAUAACAUAAGCCUGUGAAUAAAUUUAUGGCAUUUAAAUGUAAACUGAAGUUUGAGGUUCGAGAACUUUUUUUUUUGGGGAUUUUAAUAAAGUGCCACACUUCCAAUUUGAAGUUUAAGAAAA